AUGCACGUAAACCAGCCACAAGACCUGCUUGUCUAUUUCACCAAAUCAGUCCUUUUUCGCCUUCACCGGCUCAUAGACCAUAUCGUUCAGAUGGUCUUUUCUAGCCUGGUACCAGUAGCUUGUCUGAGAAGCAGGAUAGGUGGUGGAGUUUGUUCCGCUCAUGGUGUACCAAGAAGUACACCCACCAAAUCCGGAGCCGUAUACGCCCUGGAGCAAUUUUUCUUGUGUCGAUUCGAACCAGUUGUAGUAGGCACUGCGCUUAACCGUCACGGUACUAGCUUCGCCCGUGAGAACAGGCUUGACUACCCGCGAGGCAAAAGCACAGCCGUUGUCAAUGGCCGUGAUGAUCGACGAGUGGCCCGUGGCAGAGUUGGGGCCGCUGAUGAAGAAAAAGUUGGGGCAGUCCCGCACCAUGCAUGUUCGGUAGGCACUGACACCUUCUUUUCUCCACAAGUCUUGAACAUUCAUGCCGCCACGGCCCACAAUGGAAAUGGCGUCGUAGAAGCUUUUCCUAAUGUCGUAGCCCGUGCAAGCAACAAUAAUGUCUGCCUCCACUCGGGUGCCGUCCUUCAAAACAAGACUGUGCUCCUCCACAUGGUCAAUCUGCUUGUCCGUCAACUCCACCCUGGGGUUGUUGAGCGUGGGCACGUAGAUGUAGUCAAACACAAGCCGCUUGCACCCAAUCUUGUAGUCGGGAAGCAACAUGCGGUGGUAUUUUUCGGGCGCAAACUUGUGCACGUAGCGGCGGCACACGGCGGUGUUGGACCAGCGCAUGAACCGGGACACCAAGCUGUUGCCUCGGUACAAAGGGUAUCUGAUUUCGGCAAGCGACGCAAGCCACAAGCGCACCAACACCAUGCCGAGCCGGGUGAACGACGCCAACUUGUACAAGUAGAAGAUGAAGGGCGGGAUCGGCGGCAUGAUCCAGUGCUUGGACCGGAAAACCUGCGUCACCUUCUUCACCUCCAACUGGUUCACCAAAGCAGGCACAACUUGCGCCGCCGAACACCCGUUUCCUACAACCACAACCUGCUUGUCCUUGAAGUCGACGCUGUGGUCCCAUACGGCAGAGUGCAUGUACACACCUUUGUAGUUUUCAAGCCCUGGCGCCUGCAAUUGUGCCGGCUGAACCAAGCCGCCUUGGCAGGCGAAAACAACUUUGCUGGUGUGUUCGUACCGCUGGCCCGUUUCAAGACUGGUGGCAUAGAUCUUCCAGUUUUCGUUCUCCUCGUCAUAAACAACCUUGCUCGCCACAAUGCCAAACUUGGCGUGGCGGUCCAAAUCGUGCUUCUUCACCACUCCCAAAAUGUACUCCUCCAUCUCGUAUUGAGGAGGCCGCAAAGCGCUCCAGUUGUCGUUGAGCUCGUCAAAGAUCGAGUACCAAAACGCCGGAAUGUCCGAAGCACAUCCAGGAUACGAGUUGGCCCACCAUGUUCCGCCCCACUGCAUGUGUUUCUCGAACACGACGAAAUCGUCCAAAUCAAACUUCUUUUUGCACAUGAGAGCGGUGCACAAGCCGGCAAAACCGGCUCCAAUGAUGGAAACGGCAGACUCGCUGGUAAUCACCGGCUUGUCAUUGGAUUUGGGAAUAUGGGCAUCGGGCCCCAAUACCCGCAUGGCAUCUUUAUGCUUGAUACGGUACUUGUCAGGGUCCGCAUGCGACUCGCGUGUGAUGUGAAUUGUGGCCAUUGGAAAAGCUGUCAGAAAUUUGGUCAGAAGCAAAAGAAAGUUCUGUUUCAAGUGCCUACAACGGCCCAAUAUAUACUGUUUGGCUUCGCCUCGGCAUGUUUUGCAUAUGAAUACCUGUCCAUGUGA